GUGUUGAAAUGUAUCCAUUUUAUUGCCAUGCCAUUUCCAUUCCAAUUCCAUCACUCAUAAACGUGAAACCCACACUCACUCACCAACUUAUAUUCCUACACAACUUAUUAAAUACCUCACUUCCUCUCUAACUAACAUACCAUCAUACUUCCCUCUCUCUAACUAACAUCACUAUCUCUCUCUCCCUCCCUCCCUCCUUCCUUCCCUCUCACGCGACUAAAUUCCACGCUAUAAGGAAAAUCCUGAGCCGCCCGAUUUCACUUAUUCGAUCUUCAUCAAACGAUCUGUAUUUAAACUCUAACGAAUCCUUUAAAACGUAACUUGAUUUGAGUCGUUUGACCUUGAUCAAACGUAUCCAUUUUCCGCUUUCUCUUCCUCUAUACAACAACUUUGAUCACAACAAACAUCCUCCACUCUAGUACAAGCAACAAAACCACCACCAUCCUACAAAAGUACUAAACUUUAUUUAACAACACUCCUUUACUUAUUAGAGAUGAAAGUGAAAGCAUUGAGUAUCUUUAAAUCCAAGUUUCUCAAACCAUGCAAAAAACUAAUACUUUUCUUCAAACUUAAACCCAAGAAACUUGUAUUUAUAAGAGCUCUAAAAAAAUCUAAACCCCAAAAACCUUCUUCCCCAUCAAAACCAAUGUCUUCUUUGUUAUCAUCAGUGUUCCGUUCCUCCCCGAAGAAAUCCAAAGAUUUCGACAAGUUGCAAAGCUUCAAGUCUCCUUCUACCAUGCAACAAGAAACACCGAUCUUUCCUUCACCGCUUACACCAGCUUGCGUAAGGACAAACAAAAUAGAAGGUUCCAAAAGUGAAGCUUCGAGCGAAGAAGUGGAAGACGCGUGCAGGAGUUUCGAGAACUAUUUGGCAGAGAUGAUUGUUGAAGAAGGGAAGACUAAGGACUUGAUGGAUGUUGAAGAACUUCUAUAUUGCUGGAAGAAUCUCAAGUGUCCUGUCUUCAUUGAUUUAGUUUGUAGAUUCUAUGGUGAGCUUUGCAAGGACUUGUUUUCUUCAGAUAAUGAAGAAAGUUACAAGCUUAUAGAGUAAGGACUCAACAACAUAAAUAGAUAUUAAUCAUUCUUUAAUUUUUACAAAAGUUUUCAAUUUAAUGUUGUUGUAAGAAACAUUUUAUAAAUCAAGAGUUUAGUCAUGAUGUUCUGAAAUAUACAUUAAAAU